ACUGCCACUAUCAUCCCAACAAAAUCGAAACCACUCUUCCAAAAUUUCCCCAGCAUUCCAUUUCCUCCCCCUCUCCACCGCCACCUCCCCCUCCUCUCCAUGGCCGACUACCACCGCCCCUACCAGAGCGAUCUCCGGCCCCCGCCGUCCUCCGCCCCGGACUCCACCACCCCACACGGCAAUGGCUACUUCACCUCCAUCUCCCCCCAUGCCAAUGGCUACUUCUCCGCCACAAAAGACAACACUUUCCCCGGCGCUGGCGACCGGCGGAUCGAGAUCUACACAACGGCGCAUCCGCCUCUCCCCCCGCCUCCGCGCCUCGCACUGCCACCGCCUCCGGGCUGGAGGGAGGGAGGCGUGGGGAGCGGCCGCGUCGGAGGAGGCGGCGGCGGGGGAGGGGCCAACAUGUGGUGCUUCAGCGACCCGGAGAUGAAGCGGCGGAGGCGGGUGGCGAGCUACAAGGCGUACUCCGUGGAGGGCAAGGUGAAGUCGUCGCUGCGGAGGGGCCUCCGCUGGUUCAAGGGCAAGUGCUCCGAUAUCUUCCACGCCUGGUAACCUCCUCUGCUUGGACGGUGACAGGGCCCCAAGAAACCUAAGUUCAUCAUGAGCGUUUUAGAAUCGUUGUUCGAAGGCAGUGUUUUUUUCCAAAUAAUCUCUACCACUAAUCGUAUGCGUUUGAGGUUGUGGUUGUAUAUUGAUGAGCUAAUGGAGGCCUAGAGGAAUUUGCAACGGGUGUGAAUUCAUGAAAUGCUUGUGGUGUGUGGGUAUUCGCACCUAGAAACUCUGUAGAUUUAUCCGCGAGCGGUGGUGGUGGUGAUGACUAGUCCUGUUACCCAUCUUUUUUACUGAUCAAAUACUGGGGGUGUGUGGGUAAUGUAUCUUUAUUGGUAGAUGAAGAUCUUUCUUGAUGUUUGGGGGGUUUGAUA